AUGUCUGGUUCGGCCAGUAACUCUCCGGGAGCAAGGGAAACUCCUUUUGAAGAGAACCAGCCAGCUGCUCAUGAACAACAACAACAUGAUGCUACUCGCUACUCCUCCCAUCUAGGUAAUAGCAGUAGUGGCCCGAGUCUCAUCGGGGCCGCUGGAGGUCACGCGGACUCCAAUCACCCCAAUCCGGCCUUCCAAGUCGUGCAUCCGGCCUCGUACCUGCGUCCUCGCCCUGCAUCGAGACCCAUGACGCCGACAUCUCUCCUCGAUUCCGACGACCCCGUCGACCGCGAACAGCUUCAAGGAUUGGCGCGCGGGCUCGGUGACAAGAGCCGUGCCGUCGCUAAGACACGGAGACAUGGGGAAGCACCAAAACUCCUGUUCAUGCACCUCCGAUAUCUGUUUCGCUGUCGAGCGAUCCGAGCUUUCUUGAAGCUCCGGACGAGUUAUGAUGUGCUCCCUCUAAGCUACCGCUUGAUCAUCCUCGACACCCGCCUGUUGGUCAAAAAGAGUCUAAACAUUCUUCUCCAAAACGCGAUUGUCUCAGCCCCACUGUGGGACUCUACCUCCUCGACCUUUGCCGGUCUGCUGACUACCUCUGAUUACAUCAAUGUCAUUCAGUACUACUGGCAGCAUCCUCAUGCUCUCGAACAAGUUGAUCAAUUCAGACUGGACAGUCUUCGAGAUAUCGAAAAGGCCCUCCAUGUUGCUCCAAUCGAAACGGUAUCGAUUCACCCCGAGAAACCGCUCUACGAAGCUUGUCGGAAGAUGCUCCAAUCUCGUGCUCGACGUAUUCCAUUGAUAGAUGUUGACGAUGAAACAGAUCGUCCUCUAGUAGUCAGCGUCAUCACCCAAUACCGCAUCCUCAAAUUCAUCGCCGUCAACGUCAAGGAGACGCAGAUGUUGCAGAAGCCACUCCGUGACAUGAAUGUAGGCACAUACGAGAACAUUCAGACCGCAAAUAUGGAGACUCCCGUCAUCGACAUCAUCCACAUGCUCGUUCGCAAGAACAUCUCCAGCGUACCCAUUCUGGACCGUGAUGGCACCGUAAUAAACGUCUUCGAAUCUGUGGAUGUCAUAUCUGUCAUCAAAGGCGGCAACUACGACGAACUGACCCUUCCCGUCGGCGAAGCCUUACUCAAACGUCCAGACGAUUUUCCCGGUAUCUACUCGUGCUCCGUACACGAUCGUCUUGACACCAUCUUCGACACAAUCCGACGGUCACGCGUGCAUCGAUUGGUUGUUAUUGACGAGCAGAGCAAGUUGCGUGGUGUGCUGACCCUUAGUGAUAUCCUAGAGUAUAUUUUGCUAGAGGGCGUUUCGGGAGACGAGCAGUAG